AUGCUGCAGCCAGAGGGUCCCCAGGCCUCCGAGGAGGGGACAGCUGCUGGCACCCGGCGAGGUGACUGCAUCAUCUGCUACUCGGCCUACGACCUCACCGGGCACUUGCCCCGCCGCCUGUACUGUGGCCACACCUUCUGCCAGGCGUGCGUGCGGCGGCUGGACAUGCCAGCCCAUGAGCAGCGCUGGAUCCCCUGCCCGCAGUGCCGCCAGAGCACACCCACACCCCGGGGAGGGGUGGCCAUGCUGGACCUCGACCUGGCCGCCUUCCUGGCCAUCCGGGCCGAGCGGGAGCCCUGUCGCAUGGAGCCCCGGCCCCCGGUGCCCCCCAAAGGCAGCACCGCCAUCACUCAGCAGCCAGCCGUGCUCUGCCCCACCUUGGGCCGCCAGCCGCACUUCCCCCAGCCCAGGUGCUGCUGCUGGGGCCCCCCAGGCAGCCCCGAAGCCUGA